AUGCUCCGCGAUAUGAUUCUGUACUUUUGCGCUGUCUUAUUGCUGUUACCUCUAUCGCACGCACUUCCUUCAUUUGGCAGUGAACUGUGCCGAUAUCUACCAGGCGAUACUUACUGGCCCACUGAGGCCGAGUGGUCCAAACUCAACACCACAGUGGGUGGCCGCUUGAUCAAGACGAUUCCUCUGGGCUCGCCAUGUCACGGCUCGAGCUACCGCGCCGCCGAAUGCGAAUAUCUUCAGGCGGAGUGGACGAAUCCCGAGCUCCAGUACGCGCAGCUCCAUCCUUAUUGCUGCUAUUCUUCUUGGUCCAAAUUUGACCCUUUGCGCAGUGCCGAUUCCCCGUCCUCUUUUGGCGCUCCGUUUUUCCAAGCUCAGGCAUGCGAUCCGUUUACCAACAAAUCGAGUCCUUGUGAGCUUGGCAAUUACUACGUAUAUGCUAUCAAUGUCACCGGCGCAGCAGAUGUCGCUGUUGGGCUUGCUUUCGCCCAGGACCACAACAUCCGACUGGUCAUCAAGAACACCGGCCACGAGCAAGUAUCUCUUUGCGUGGGAACAUUGCGAGUCCGGCGAUCAUCCGGCAAAGGCGCACUGGGCCUGUGGACUCAUAAUCUUCGCGCGAUCUCGAUACUCGAUUACAAGAGCAGCUUAUACACGGGAAAGGCCAUGAAGGUGGGAAGUGGUGUGCAGGUGUUCCACGCCUAUUCAGCUGCUCACAAGGCCGGUCUUCGCGUGGUGGGCGGUACCUGCUCGACCAUCGGAAUGGCAGGUGGGUAUACCCAGGGAGGCGGACACUCGAUGCUCUCGACAGCCUACGGCCUCGCCGCGGACCAGGUACUCGAGUGGGAGGCAGUACUGGCCGAUGGAACCCAUCUCACCGCGACGCCAACCGAGAAUGCUGAUCUGUACUGGGCGCUGUCCGGAGGCGGCGGAGGAACUUACGCCGUGGUGCUGUCGAUGACGAUCAAGGCGUACGCCGACAGCCCGGUGGCGGGAGCCAUGUUGCAGAUAAAGGAAACAUCAUCGUCCGAUAACUUUUGGGAAUCCGUUGAAGCCAUCCACGCGGCAAUGCCAACCUGGAUUGAUAUGGGCGCCAGCACAGCUUACGUGCUCAGCAACGGGGUGCUAUCCCUUCAAAUGCUCUUCACGACCCGCUCCGCCGGAGAAGUGAAGUCCAUCUUACAACCUCUAGUAGAAAAGCUAGACUCCUUGUCGGCGGAGUAUAUGCUCAACAUAACCGCCUUUGGCGACUAUCACACGGCCUUUAACAACUACUUCGGCGCAUACCCGAACUCCCAGGUCCAGGGGAACCGGUUGAUCCCACGCUCCGGGCUCACAUCCAACACAUCCAUUGCGGCUCUAACCCUCGCGCUCCGCGAGAUCGUAUCCAACCCAUCAUUCUACAUCCUCGGUGUCGGCAUCGAUGUCUCAACCGGGGCGUUUGUUCCCAACGCGGUCUUCCCCGGUUGGCGAAACGCAAUUGCCUCGCUUGAAGUAAUUGCCAACUGGGAUUACAAUGUCAGCUACGCGGAGAAUGCAGAGCACCAGAGAUUGAUUACAGAUGUGUAUAUCCCCUCUUUGACUGCCGUCACAGGACCAGAGAGCGGCGCGUACAUGAACGAGGCCGAUUUCCAGCAGCCAGAUUUCCAGAGUCAAUUCUUUGGCGAGAAUUAUGCGGCACUAAGGGCCAUUAAGGGGAAGUAUGAUCCACAGGGUGUAUUCUACGGCAAUGCGCUGGUAGGCAGCGAGGAGUGGGUUGUUGGCGGCGACGGGCGGCUCUGCCUGGUGUAG